AUGGGGGCGGGCUUGCCUGGCUCUAACAUGCGUGUGCUUGGCGGAGCUGGCAGGAGGACAGCGCAAGCGGUGCUUCCAGAUGGAACCAACGAAGAGGGAGAGGAUGUUGCUCCAAUCAACAUCGAGCUCGAGGAUCUGAAGAAGGUUACUCUGUACCAGUCAGAGUACUCUCCUCCCUGCGUGAAGCUGAGGACUAUGUUCAAGCACUACAACUUGCCAUUCCGAACAGUCAAUGGAAAACAUCCAACUUCAGACUACAAGAAGAUCCCGGUUCUAGAGAUGAAUGAUCGCCAAAUCAAUGACUCCCACAUCAUCAUGAAGAGGAUAGUCGCGUGGCUCACGGGUGAAGAGAUGACCAGCGAGGAGGUGAUGUGGGAGAAGCGCAUUACCUACGAGUUCCAGCCAGCAUUUGAAGUAGAGCUGGUGGGCAACGAUCGGGACCUAGCGCUCCUUUGGACCCGUGCCACUGGGUACAUCGGUGGAUGGCAGCGAGGACUUCUUGGAAUCCUGUCGCCGCUGCUGAAGUUUGCCAUCGAAGCCUUGUUCAGAUCCCGCUACUCCAACAUGGAGCUCCCAAGCUCCAAGUUUGGUGCCAGCUUCCGUGCAGCCCUGAAAGAUCAGCCAUUCUUCCAUGGCGAGGAGCCAGGCCCCAUUGAUCUCAGCUUGUACGGAAUCUCAGAUGCAUUCAAACAGUUGUGCUGUCUGAGCCCGUUCCUUCAGCUGCAUACCUCUAGUUGCACUUACAAAGCCUAUUGUCGCAGUGGCGGUGGUAGUAAGCAGUAG